GUGUGCGCGGCCCUGCUGCCCGGGGACGUGUGGCGGCCGCGGCCAAACGGCGGCCUCCGGGAACUGCAAGAAGUUCGUACCGAAUGCUCGGCCCAAGCAGGAAGGGAGGAAAGAAAAGGAAGGACGGAAAAGGAAGGAAGGACGGAAAGGGAAGGAAGGAAGUUUGAGGGAAACAAAUCGUUGACUUACGAGUGUAGAGUGCUAGAAUCUGAGCUGAGAAACAUAUCCAGGAUGGAAAUAGAGAGCUUGAUAAAAGUAUUUAGAGCUUGAAAAAGGUAUUUGUACAGUUGUGAGAAACCAAAGCAAGGGAGAGGAGGUGACCUGACGGAGAAGGCACUUCUGGAGGGUUUCACCCAGCUCCGAGGGCACCCCGCCAGUCCUGAGGAUUCCAAGGUACAAAACAGCCCAAAAUUGCCUGUUCUUUUAUACAGUGGAGAAUGGGUGAUUCCUAAACCAAGGUCUUCCACUGAAGUUGAGUUUUAUGAGGCAAUAGUGAAGAAAUGAAGGGAAGCUAGUGCCAAGGGAGCCAAUUGGAGAGAGCCCAAGGAUGUUGUCAGCCGCCUGAGACUGCACAGCUCUAGUGUGAAGGCUGGAAUGUGCAAGCCAGGAAAUGUCCAGCAGGAUAAAAACAGUUCUACAGAGUCCUGCUGCUUUCAGCAGCACAUAGGCUUGGCAAAACCCACGGCAAAGUGGUUAUCCAGAAGCCCACCUGGAAUCACCAAAGACGUUGUUGUAUACGUAGUGCAUAACGCGAUAGUGCUGAUGGCGUGAGGAGCACACAAAGCAGUCCUACCUGCAGGAACAGGAAAAUCUCUAACGAAGCAGUUCUCUUAAUUUUCAGUCAGCAAAGCAGCAGGGUUGGGCACAGCUUCUCCAUUCAAGCUAAAAUCUGUCAUGUCAGUGUAGUAUCUGAUUAGGAAGUUACCAGGGCCCCGAGGACAUGAACCGUAUCCUCCAGAAGCUGAUUAAAACAGGAAUGAGUUUAUGAAAUUCGGGUAUCGGAAGCCUUGUCAAACUACAGCUCCCGGCGUGCUCUGCGGCUGGACUACAGCUCCCGGCAUGCACCGCGGCCGUACCACAGGGCCCAGCGUGUCCCGCGCUUGCAAGAUGGCGGCGCCCAAGGGCGGCUCGGGCCCGGACAGCGACACCGGCUCGGACUCGGACAGCGGCGGUGAAGCGGCCGCGCGGUUCCGGGAGGCUGCCUGGGACUGCACCGCGCAGGCGGCGGCGGCGCGGGCGGAGCCGCNUUCAGGGGGCUUUAGAAAGGAUCGGUUGCAGCUUAAAGAUCAGCCAAGCCUGAGGCGUGAGGCAAUCAGCCGUGAGGAGGGUGACAAUGAGCUCCAGACGACUCCAGAGUUCAGAGCACACGUUGCAAAGAAACUGGGAUCCAUGCUAGACAGCUUCAUCACUGUCUUCAAGGACCCAUCAGGACCAUCACAGACUUCGGUGGCACAGUCUGACUCUGAGGAUGAUGGUUUUCGCCUCUUCUCUUCCUCUGUCCCUGGAGACUGUGGGAAACCGGAGCCUUGCCCUGCAGCAAGGAGGAGGAGGCCAGUUAGCUCCAGUGACUCAGACAGUGACCAAGAGUGGCAAAGGUACCGGGAGGCUGCCGUGUCACCUGCAGAUAUUCUGAAGCAAAGUGCUUUUCCUGCAUUGUCCCAGGGUUCCAGCCAGGAUCAGAAUCAGAGCUAUGUAGAGCCCAACCAGAAAAAAAAAAAGAAAAAGAAAACUGGGAGACAGAACAAUAUUCAAGAGAAAAUAAUAGACCCAGCAGAGUGUGACCAGAUCUGCAAAGAUUUGCCUCGGUUGGUGUCUGCAAAUGGCCAGCAGGAGAGACAGGACAGCAAUCACAGAGAGAACUCUGUGCUGCCAGGAGCUGUGAAGAAGAAAAAGAAGAAAAAAGAACGAUGAUUUUGCUCUACAAACGGCAGGUGGUUGUGAUGGGUGAGGGAAACUGAAAGAAAACCUAACAACAAGAUUUGCUGCAGAUGAGGGAAAAUUAAUUGGCAAAGCUUCUGCUCUAGAAGCUCAGUGGCCUGAGAGACUAAUUAAGUGACUUCCUGUGCUACUGGCAUCCCCAAGGAAGGGAACAUUGUUCUCCUCACAACAGCAGUUGUCUGUGCUGCUGCUUAUGCAGGCCCAAUCUAAAAGGAUUAAAUACUGUGCCAGACUUGCAUGGCAGAGGGAUGUGAUCAUAGCUGCAUUCCUCCUGGUCUGUUCUUCAUAUCAUGAAACUCUUCUGGAGAAAGUAUAUGAUGAAUUGAAUUUGGUUUACAUGGCAACAGACAAAAAGCUGUAAGGAAGCUUUAGUAAGGAUAUGCACCAAGAGGUUAAACACUGGGACAAACCACCUUGAUAUCAGUUCUAGAAGACAGACAUAGAAGAUUUUCAGGACCUUGUGAAAGACUAAUUUUCUUCAGCAAGAGACCAGAAAGCCAGCAAAGUGGGAGAAGCCUUCAUUUCCCUGAGGUGGGUUCUGAAUUGCUGCUUUGGACCAGACCCUGCUCAAGCAGAGGUUCAGAGCUGUGAAGUGCUCAGGACCAUCCCCCGGCCCUUUCCUCUGGAGCUGCUCCACAACCCAGAGCCCAGCCUGGAGCCGGGCUGGGCAGAGGGAAGAUCUGCUCUGUGCCCGGAGCACCACGUCCCCUCCCUGCAGGGCGUUAACAAAGCUCUGAUGGAUACGGACGACUUUGUGUGGCUAAAAAAGAAUUAAGAAUUCCGAGUCCAUGUAAAAACAUUUAUUGUAAGAAAUUUUCUUGUUUACAUUAAUGCAAAAAGACAACUUCAGCUUCUAAAGAUUUUUUUGGGGUCAUACUCUUAAUAAAGAGUUGUGCUGGUUUUGCACUCAUCACAAGAGCAUUUAAAGAAUGGUGAGCAUUUUUUUGCAUUUUACCAUCAGUGUGUUGAUACAAUUUCCAUGCAUUUUAUUUGAUAUUACAGUUUUCCUUUAUUCCUGCCCCUCAAGUAGACAUGACAACAUUACUGGCAAUUUUCAAUUGUAAUUACAGUAUCCAGCCAUGACACACAGUUUCUGCAUGAUAUGUCCUUAUAAUUCAAAGAUUUUGGAAAGGGACACACCAGACUGUGGAGCAAUAUGUGACAGAGGGGAUGCUGUCAUUCUAUGUUACUUAUUUCUGCCUCUCUUUGGCAUGGUGAUCUCUUUUACAUAAACCAAGGUGGAAAAUACUACCACUGUUCUUGUUAAAAAGACUUUCCAUAAACCUGUUGAAUAUUUGAGGGGAAAUGGGGACACAGAUUAAGUUUAAACAAAGAAAAGCAAUAUUUGUCAAUGGAAGCUGUAAAGAGAAUAAAGCAUAGCAACAAAUUAUGUCUAUAUGAUGUGGUUUCAAGGAUUCCUUAUCCACACAGAAGUUCUGAUGCUGCUGCUUCUGCUUGCCUUGAAGACCUUCAGCUGUAGAAGUUC